GGAAACAGUUGGAUAGGAACUCAGAAAUCAUGUGACUGAUGACUAAGUUAAAUUUCUUCUACAUACUGAAAGGGAAGAGUGAUGAUUAGUUAUUGAUUGUCCUUGCAUUUUUAAAGUUUUGGAGAGAUCGAAUCAUGUUCUCAUUUAUGCUGUUUUUCUCUCUGUUUUCUUCUGUAUUUACUGAACCUGAGAAGCUACACUGGAUCUGCAACUCCUCUGAUUCAAGUAUCUGGUACAGCUACUGUGAUAACACGAAGUUCCCGAUUUCAAUAACUCCUAACCCCUGCAUAGAAUUGAAGGGAACCAGUGGAAAUUUGCAUAUUUUCUUCACUCCAAGAAGAGAUAUUAAAAAAUUACAUUUCAACCUCUAUCUAUCUGUGAACUCUGUGGAUCUUCCACUGCGCAAAGAGGUUGUUUGCCGAGGAUCUGAUGAUGAUUAUUCUUUUUGCAGAGCUCUGAAGGGAGAGACUGUGAAUACAACAGUACCAUUCUCCUUCAGGGGAAUACGAUUUCCUAAGGGACUAUACAGAUGUGUUGCGGAAGCCAUCGUUGGGAAUGCUGAAGAAAUGCUCUUUUGUUUGAAUUUUACCCUCUUACACCACCCUCACUUGAGUUAGAAUAAAUUGA